AUGGACGGAAAGUUGGGCACUGAGCAAAUGGAUGAAUUAGAGGAGUCCGCAAAGCACAAGCAUUAUUGCAAAGAUGUGGUGGACUGUAACACGACCAAUGUAGCAGAGGGAGAACAAAAGCAAUUAAAAGGCGCUGACGGGACAGCAGAUGGCAGGAUCACUACACCUCUUCAUUCUUCCUUCCAACUUUGCGCUGCAAGUGAUGAAACAUUGCAAUCGUCUUUCUCCAACUCUUUUAUUGCACUCUCUGUGUCUCCCUGCUUAUUCUCGCGUGGAACUGGGAAUCUUCAAUGUGUUGGAUCAACAACCAGCAUUAACAGUCAUGGCUUCCCCUUUUGUCGAAUCUGCUACGAUUCUAAUGAAUCCUCGAAAAAUGUGGCGUUGGAUUCUCGUGGCCGAUUAAUUGCGCCGUGCCUAUGUGACGGAAGUUUGAAAUAUGUCCACGAGAAGUGUAUCCAAGAUUGGUUUGAAAUUAGCGAGUCGAGGAUGUGUGAGGUGUGUCAUUUUGUGUAUGAGAUGCGCAAAUGCAUGAAACCGUUGAGAGAGUGGGAAGAUCUGCACGGUAUCUUCUGCACUGUAUUCGCCAACUUACUAAUGCAAGCCUUCGUGUCGUGGAUGCUCUAUGCUCUCCUUUCCCUUCUGACACCUGCCUUCACAUCGGCUUCCAAGUGCAGUUUUGUGCUGUGGUUGUUGAUGCUUGCAAUGCCCUUUGUUGCAUUUGGCGUCGGUGUUUUUGUAUUCAAUCAGGUGCACUCCUUCUGUGAAAUGUAUCGAUACUGCCGUCAAUUGAAUUGGGUUUGUGUGGUGCGGGAACCGUCAGAAGAACGAAUUGCGAAGUUGAGGAUGGAACGGCGUUUAUCAAGUAACCAAUUCUACACCGUUCAUGAGGAGGACACCUUCACUGCAAUGCCUUAA